CGGAGUACUCUAGAAAUUAAGAUGAGCGCCUUCUCAACCCAAAUGCAAGGUCUCAAUGCAACAGCCAAAACUGGAACUGCAGCAUUUAAUCCAUAUUUGACUUCAUCUGAACCAACCUCAGUUGCUUCUUUAUCCUUAUUCAAGAACCCCGUAUCCAAAUCUAACGCAGUUUCGUCGAAGCACACCUCUUUCUCAAGAGGCCAAUAUGAUAUCAGAGACUUGCUUCGAGUCACUUCAGGACGCCGUAGGAGCAACCGAGCUGGAACUUUCACUUCUCCGAGCUGUGUUCUUCCACUAACCGAAGAAAAUGUCGAGAAGGUUCUUGAUGAAGUGCGGCCAAGCCUGAUGGCUGAUGGAGGAAAUGUAGCUCUCCAUGAAAUCGAUGGCCUUGUAGUUGUAUUGAAGCUUCAAGGAGCAUGCGGUUCAUGCCCGAGUUCAACUAUGACCUUGAAGAUGGGAAUUGAAACUCGGCUCAGGGAUAAGAUUCCUGAAAUCCAGGAAGUGGAGCAGAUCCUAGAUACAGAGACUGGGCUUGAGCUAAACGAGGAAAAUGUUGAAAAGGUUCUCGCUGAGAUAAGACCUUAUCUUGCAGGCACAGGAGGUGGGGUGUUGGAGCUUGUUCAAAUCAAUGACUAUGUUGUCAAGGUCCGCCUUAGUGGGCCUGCAGCAGGGGUUAUGACAGUACGAGUUGCUCUAACGCAAAAAUUGAGAGAAAAAAUACCUGCAAUAGCAGCCGUCCAACUAAUAGAAUAGUUAGAGUAACAGAAAUAUCAUUUGACUGUUAGCAGGGUAAAUGACCCAUCCCAGAUUCUCUUUGCCAUCUGGAAUUGAUAAAGUGAUUUAAUUUUCCAGUAA